CGAAACGAAAAGGCGAAGUAUGGGCGGAGGUGACGUGGCUUCACUCUCACUCCUGGCGGAAGUGCCCGGUGUUAGGCGGAAGUACCGAGCUCCCUCGUAGUACCCGAGGAUGGAAGAGGAGAGUCUGGAAGCCCGGAUCAACCGGCAACAAAUCCACUCAACAAGGAGCAAGACUGUGAGAUGUUCAAGCCUUUUGUGAUCAGCUUAAUCGGACUUGGAAGGGCCUCAGCUUGCAACUCGACUCUGGCUCACAAAAUACAGUCCCCUCAAGAAUGGGAGGCGAUGCAAGCACUAACGGUACUAGAAGCAUGUAUGAAGAGCUGUGGCAAAAGAUUUCACAAUGAAGUCGGCAAGUUCCGCUUCCUUAAUGAGCUCAUAAAAGUAGUUUCUCCAAAGUACCUCGGCAGCCGCUCUCCAGAGAAAGUCAAGUUAAAGAUUUUGGAGCUUUUGUACAGCUGGACACUUGGACUUCCCAGUGAAGUGAAAAUAGCAGAGGCCUACCAGAUGCUGAAAAAACAAGGAAUUGUAAAGGAAGACCCAAAAUUGCCAGCAGAAGCCAUGAUACCACCUCUACCACCUCGACCAAAAAAUGCUAUAUUUGAUGAUGACGAGAAAUCAAAGAUGUUAGCCCGUUUGCUGAAGAGCACUCAUCCGGAAGACUUACGAGCUGCAAAUAAACUUAUUAAAGAGAUGGUGCAGGAGGACCAGAAACGCAUGGAGAAAAUUUCCAAAAGAGUAAAUGCCAUAGAAGAGGUGAAUAACAAUGUGAAACUACUGAGUGAUAUGUUGAGUACCUUCAGAGCAGGCCAGUCUUCUGAAGGCAGCGAGGACCUAAUGAAGGAGUUGUAUCAGCGAUGUGAGAAGAUGAGGCCAACACUCUUCCGCUUGGCCAGUGAUACAGAAGACAACGAUGAGGCUUUAGCGGAAAUCCUGCAGGCUAAUGAUAGUUUAACACAAGUCAUCAAUACUUACCGGCAGCUGGUGAAAGGAGAAGAAAUCAAUGGCGAAUCUGCUUCUGGUAGCAUGCCAGCUAGCAGUUCUGCCCUGCUGGAUCUGUCAGGAUUAGAUAUGACUCCAUCAUACCCUCCUGUUCCAUCUCAGCCCUGUAAGCUGAGCCAGCUGUCCUCGUCCACAUCUCUUCUUGAUGAUGAGCUCAUGUCCUUAGGAUUAAAUGACCCUGUCCCCCCUGCACAGACUCUGGAGACUUCCUCGUGGAAUAGCUUUCAGUCUUCAGCAUCAGACCAUGAAGAUGCUUCACCCGAGAAGGUGUCAUCCACGAUGCAUAAUGCACCACAUUCUACCAAGGCUCUAGAGGACCUAGACCUGCUUGGAAAGACCUUGCUGCAGCAAUCCCUGCCACCCAGCGCACUGCAUAUGCCAUGGGAGAAGACCCAGCACAAGCUGACUCUCCGAGAUCUGCAGAGUAAAGCUCCUUCAUCUGCACCGAUGCUUCCACAGCCCCAUGGACUAGGAGAUCCGACAUUCAUUGCUCCAGGGCAGCCAUCCCCCAGGAAAAUGGAUAUCUCCCUUACAGCUGUAACUGUGCCUCUGGAGUCUAUCAAACCGAGUAAUAUCCUCCCCAUCACUGUGUACGACCAGCACAGUUUCCGCGUGCUCUUCCACUUUGCUCAGGGCGCACCUGCAGGGAGAGCAGAUAUCCUGGUGGUGGUGAUCUCCAUGCUGAGUACAGCUCCACUCCCUGUCACUGGAAUUAGUUUUCAGGCUGCUGUUCCUAAGACCAUGAGAGUAAAAUUGCAGCCAGCGUCUGGCACAGAACUUCCAGCAUUCAACCCAAUCCUGCCUCCAUCUGCUGUCACUCAGGUGCUGCUGCUGGCCAACCCCACACAGGAAAAGGUUCGAUUACGCUACAAAUUAAUCUAUACCCAAGGAGAGCAAAUCUUUGAUGAAAUGGGAGAUGUGGAAGACUUUCCUCCUGUGGAGAAGUGGGGGCAUCUGUAGGUGAAGUCUGCAACGGAAUGAAGAGGAAAAUGUUGUAGUGGCACUUGCUGAUGGCUGGAGACCCAACAUGGACUGCACUACCCAUCAAGCUUUCUGACUCGUUUGGUUGCUCUUUAGUGUCCCUUCCUGCUGUUACACCAAACCCAGAGGCAUUGUGAGAUGUCAAUCUUUAGGUCUUCUUCUUUCAUUUUCCUUUUCCUCUGUUAAGUCCUUCUGGCAUCCUUGUUAUGGGGUAGGUCUCAACUGUUCCUGCAGCAUAUAGUAAAUGAGCUCUGCUGCCACCAAGUUCUCACCCCAUCUAUAUGUUAUCUUGUCUUUGUCUAAUAUACACUGAUUUCUAUGGUUUUGUAGAUUCCUCAGAUGAACUGAAUGUUCAGCUCCAUGUUUUAUUCUCAGGCGCCCUCAUUGGCAUUGUGUUUACUCACUACUUAGGGCCCAGGUAGUAUUCGAAAAAGCCUUGACAUAAACUUCAUGUGUGAUUUUGAGAAGCUGUCGCUUCCUGACCCUGAGGCCUUUCAGGAAACUUUCCAUUUUCUUGCUGCAUGUACUGGCACUUUUCAGCACCAGGCUAGCGAUUGUCUGCGCUGGGCCCCUGUGUGUAGCACACAACUUUGACAAUUAACCACAUUACAUGACGUCUGGAAGAAAACGAGAAGGAGAACAUCAGCCAGUACUUUCAGACGGGAAACCUGACUAAUCCCAUACUGAGGAUCAACCUGACAUGCUAGAUGCUUGGACCCUAUUCCCUGAAUGACUUGCUGCUAUCUAGUGUGAAUGUUGUGUGUGGCAGUGGAUGUGAGUCAGCCAUAGCACUGAGGGGACCACUUAUUGUUACUAUUUAGAUGCCUUUACUUUUGACUUCACCUACACAUUUCCUCAGUGUAGUAACUGUCUGCAGCAUCCUGUGUUCAGCCUCCGGUUGCCUGCUCGGUGUGGUCUUAUGAAAUGAUGCUACAUUGUGCUGACCACUUCCCCUCUUGUCCUGAGUCACAAGCUGCACAGUUCCCCUCUAUGAGCUGAAGCCACUUGCAUGUGAGCGAAUACUGACAUGCUGCAGGCUCCAUAUUCACUAUAUGUUCACUGCAGCCAGGCCUCCUGAUGCCAUGGAGUAGGAGUUUGGUCUGUGCUCACGGUCCUGCAGUAUUUUGUACCCAAAGCAGGUUCAGAUGCUCACCACGAAAAGUAGCCAGGGCUCCUGAGACAGAAUGAGUAAUGUCUGUGUUCCAGGGCUACUACAGUAUGGUGUACCCAAUAUGACCACACCAAUCCAGACCUCUCAUGUACCACUUGCAAAGGCUGUAAUGAUCUCAGCAUGUGAUGAGUGACUGUGACAGUAACUUGUGCCUCGAUGCUGCUGUUAUGCGGGUGGCAGGGGUUAGGGUAGCUGUAGAAUAGGGAAGUUAUCGGGAUCUCAGGCCGCAGCUCCACUCUCUGACGUAUUUUAACAAUAAACAUUCUUAUCACUUGUCUCUGAAAGCAGAAGUCUCCCAGAAAACUCAUGCAGUGGCCUGUCCUGCAGUAUACCGAGGCUGUGCUUCUAAAUAAUCCCCCCGGCAACUCCUUUAUUCCACAAUCACUUCUUACCAUCAACUGAAUCUUUGGGUACCGUUCAUGUGUUUGGAGUUAGCAUGACAGCAAGUGUAAGGUCGUUAGUACCGAAUGUAAUAAAGGAAGCCGCUCGAUGUG